UUUCUUUCAUCGGCUGUAACACUAGAAGCCUGGAGUCUCUGUCUCUUUCCAGGAUCUAAGUCCAUCCCCCUCUGUCUCUGGCAUGCACGCACAUAUGCCCUAUAACUCACUGCUUGGGUUUUUUAUGCGCUACAAUUGCCCUUAAUGCAUCUCCUCUUGGUUGAUCUGGCCUAGGAUCCAAAAAAGAGCCUCAGAGGCCCACGGGACUGUCCGGGUAAGAUUACAACGAGCCCUUUUAGCCUGGUGCAGCAUCCUCACUCGGGGGAAGCCAGCCAGUCCUGCCUGGCAGAAGCGCUGGGAUAUUUUUAGGGGGACUGCAUGGGAUUUCCCCAUUGACCCAUUUCUCCCGGGAAGACGGUAGCGAGAGAAGCAGGAUCUGCUUUUGUUUUGUUUUUCAUGGAAACUUUUUAAUUGUGUGUUUAUUGCAGCAAAUCUCUCCAGAGGAAAGCUCUCAAAGGCAGGCUCAUAAGCCUCAAUCAGCUUUGCACUGCCUUUGAAGGAGAGCGGUCGGAUGAUCUGCAUGGUGUGAGGAGCCAUGAGACCAGACGACAUUAACCCUAGGACGGGACUAGUGGUGGCUUUGGUCAGUGUCUUCCUUGUUUUUGGCUUCAUGUUUACCGUUUCUGGGAUGAAAGGGGAGACCCUGGGAGACAUCCCCCUCCUGGCAAUAGGACCUGCUAUUUGCUUGCCGGGUAUCGCUGCCAUUGCACUAACGAGGAAAACAGAUGGCUGCACCAAAUGGCCUGACAACAAACGACCCUGCAGCAAAAAGGCGAAAGACAAGGAAGUGGUGGAGCUGCUGAGAACGCCCUCGGAUCUGGAAUCGGGCAAAAGCAGCUGCGAUGAGCUCGCCAAGAAGGCAUACCUGAAGGACAGGAAAGUGCUGAAGGGAGAGGACUCUGUGUCCAUCUGCACCACCACCACCACCACGGGAGAAUGCAAGAGCCUGAUCAAAAGGGUGGACCAGGAGGAGAUGCUGAGAUACCUGGAGACCUGCUACCCGGAGAUGCCUGGGAACGUGCUAGUGGGAGAGGGUCCCACUUACAGUGCCUUGGAAAAGAAGAGUUCUCCUCCCUGGGACAGUGUUGCCUGCCCUGACACAGAGGACAACAUUUUUGUGGCUCCAAAAGACAGUAUAAUUGUCUGUUCCUACAAGGAGAAUAGCAGUUACAACAGAUAUUGUUGUUAUAUAAACCCUACUAGAGUCAGCUCAGACCAUGAGACUAUAGUUUGAAUGAUGCACAUUUGAUAUAUCUCUAUGUAUUUUUACAGACUCUACAUCUUUCAGCUCUUAAUAAGGAAAAGUAGCUGAUUGCACUGCAUGGAACACUCCUCAUACUAUUACAAAUGUUACCUGGUAUGUGACUGAUGCUCAAACCUUUUGUGCCUGAAAUACUUUCUGUAAGUAAAUAAGCAUGUUUAGGGCUAAGAACUCCUUCUUCUUUGUGAAAAUCAAUUUUAAUUCUUUUAAAAAAUGUCAGUGCUGAAUAUUUUGUCCAGACACCCCCUCUCCCAAGACCCGAGUUCCUCGACAAGUUGGCAAGAUGAAGGCAUUGACUGUCAGCUAAAAUCCAGGCAAGAGUCAAAAGUCUGGAGCUCCCUGUGUAAAAUAACAUGCAAUAUGGAUGAGUGGAUCUUAGGAAUAGUGUCACUUUAUUGAAUUAGUUGGCUGUCUGAUGUUAAGCUGUUAGAAAAGCUUUUCAGUUCAAUCAGUCUUCAGGCAGGCAAAAUCUGACUUCAGUUUUCUGCUCUUAUUAGAUUUUACAUGACCUUGUUUUAGGAAAUCAAAGAGCAACAUUGUAGGCUAUUACCCUGCAAGCCUCCUGAGUCGAGGAAGGGGACUAGGAUAGAGAGAAUUUUUGAAGGCAAAUCUACCAGCAGUCAUAUCAAAGGUACAAGUGUUCGGCUAUUUUGCUUCAUUCUUAUUUGUUAAUGAAUCCACCAAAUUCUUUCUAAUAUGUUUGGCACUUACAGCUGUACUUUAUAAUAAGAUAUUGAUAAAAUCAUUGCAGAGACUUAGCAGAGGGGUCACUGGAUUUGGGAGAUUAUAAAUGUAUAUAUAUAUAUACAUAUACAUAUAGUCACUUGGAGAUUUAGGGCCUGAUCCAACUCCCACUGAAGUCAACAGACUCCUAUUGGCUGUAACAGAAGCUGGAUCAGGCUCUUUGGGGGGAGAGAUAGCUCAGUGAUUUGAGCAUUGGCCUCCUAAACCCAGGCUUGUGAGUUCAAUCCUUAAGAGGGACAUUUGGGAUCUGGGGCAAAAAUUGGGGAUUGGUCCUGCUUUGAGCAGGGGGUUGGGCUAGAUAACCUCCUGAGGUCCCUUCUAACCCUGAUAUUCUAUGAAGUGUCAUCUUCACAUACUUUUUCAAAAACUCCAGAUGUUUAUCUAUGGAUCUUGAAUAAUGUUAUUUUAUUCAAUAUUAUGAAAGCCAUUUUUAAGGUGGGGGAGACUAGAGAAAUAUGGUUGGCAUGAUUUUUCCACAACCAUGCUGUAUGUUUUGUUAACUAGUUCACUGAUCACAGAUGCAUAAUACUGGAACCAUGACCUGAGUGAUGCGAAAGCAUAGUGGUUAACCCCUCAGAACCUGCACACACAUAUAUAAUACAAAUUACAUAAACGUACUACAGAUUACACAUACUCUAACAUGUAUAUUACUAUAUGAGAUAGUAUAGAAACAAUAUAAUAUAUAUAUACAUGUAAUCUAUACAGCCAAUCUAAGGGUUAAACUAUUAGAAAAAAUGUUUGCUAAAGCAUAAAAUAAUUUGUUAGCAUUUCACAGUCAAAGCCUUGAUUUCAAUAACAAAAUGCUCAACACCACUCUAAAAAGUCUUGCCCUGUUGGAAGUCUUAAUAACAGUUCUUGCUUUAGUUAUUUUUAAUAAACCAUAAUUUGCACCAGACAGACUUAUUGAACUACCAGUGUAAAAAGAAGCCACCCCUGACUACAGGAUCCUGGGAAUAUUCUGCAGAAAUUGCUCUGGAAUUUUCCACUGAGAGAUUGAAAGCUAAACAACUGCUCAUUAUGUCUGUGCAAUUAUUUGGAAAAUAAAAGGAAACCUCAGGCAUCCUGAGGGUCCAUCCAUUUGGAAACUGCUCUCAAAUUGUUACAGACAAUCAGCUCAAAGGAGAUUGCCAAAGGGAGGUUUGGGAAGAUUUCCCAGCAUGGGCAUUCUCUGCUUCUCUCUGGUGCACUAAACGUAACAUUGUUUAUUUUAUUUACAUAUUUAUGUACUGAUUUUUCACAGAGUGCCCAAUGCUGUGGCAUCUGGGUGCUAUUCAAGCAAAUAAAACAAAUGCCGGUUAGUCUCAGGCAGGGACAGCCAGUUAAUAUUAAUACACCAUACGUCUUGCUGCUGUGGUGUAUAGUUCAGGGACUCGUAUUUGCAAAACUCGAGCUUUUGUCAGAGUAAAUGAGUCCCACAGAGACCCUCAACUGAAUAUGUUCAACUUCCAGCCCUAGACAAAGACAAUCCAGGGAUUGUCUCCAAGAAUAGCUCAAGAGAGCUUAAUCACCAUAACAGAAUAUAGGGCCUGAUCUUGCAAGGUGCUGAAAGCCAGAUCCUGCUCCCAUUAAAGUCAAAGCUAAAAUCCAACUGACUCCCAUGGUGCAGAAUAUGGCAUUCUGAGUGCCUUCAGCCCCCCAUCAGUGGCAGUUGAGGAUGUUCAAUAUAGUGCAAGAGGUGCUUAGCACCACUUGAGAUCAGGCCCAUCAGCAGAAAGGCAACCUCUCAGAUAACUGAGUCCUGAAUUGUAGAGACUACAAUGUAAACAACCCCUUGCGUUGUGUUUGGUAGCAAAUAAGUAGCCCAUGCAGAACACCGAUUAGGACAGUUCUGCAAAUAUGUAUGAAGAAGAGGUUGAAUGGUUUUUUUUGCUUAGGUUUAAAUGCUGUCUGCCAAACCACACAUUUGAAAAGUAUUAGAAAGGUCUCUCAUAAGGCUAGGCAAUUUUCAGAGUAGCAGCCGUGUUAGUCUGUAUUCGCAAAAAGAAAAGGAGUACUUGUGGCACCUUAGAGACUAACAAAUUUAUUUGAGCAGGCAAUAAAUUCUAAUGGCAA